AAGUUUAUUUAAUUAUUGAUCUUAGUUUUGUCAUGCAUUGGUGAUUGCUGCACAAACAUGAAUUCAAGAUGCCGCCAAAUUACACGUUGAUAUUCAGAAGGACUUUGGGGAAGGAUUUGUAUUUAGUCCAGUUAACGUCGUUGCAACCAACGGGAACCACGCUUUUGAGCACGUCCGUGUGGCCCCAUCAAAGUGUCCAGUGAAACCCAAGAUGGAGGUGGACAGCGAUCUACAGUGUCCAAUCUGCUUGGAACUAUUUUCCUAUCCCAUAAUUCUUCCAUGCUCCCACGUGCUCUGCAGAUCUCCUUGCGCAGAACAUUUGUUUGAUUUCAACUUUAUACGAUGUCCCGUUUGUCGAGAUAAUUGUUACGUGAGUGGCGGGAUCUCUAGUUUGCCUAGAGUAAUUGCUCUAGAAAAUAUCAUAGAACGCUACAAAGCGGACAGAAGCUCGAAAGAAAACAUCAAUCAACAAGAAAAAACCCACGAUGCCUCACUUCUAGAUGUUUCCGUUUCUAGUCAAUCUGACACAGGGACCGAACUGUCAGUGCUAUGCCAACUUUGUAAUAUAGCAAAGAAAAAAGCUAAAAAGUCUUGCCUAGAUUGUAACGUGUCUUACUGUUCCAAUUGCCUUCUCCUGACUCACCAGAAGAAGGAUCCUUUCAAUACCCACGAGUUGGUAUCCCCUCGAGAUGAUCUUAAUCGGUCUGUGAAUGGUAUGUGCACAACUCACGCAGACCAACUUUCCUUGUAUUGCAAAGAAUGUUGCGUUCCAACCUGCAUGGCCUGCAAAGAUUCCAAUCUUCACAAAGGUCACUUCAUGAUCACUAUAGAAGACGCAUAUACAGACAUAAAGGCUUCAAUUGAUAAAAAUCUUCAAAAAUUAGGCAGCAGUCAGGAUAAAGUGACAACGGCUCUACAGAAUCAGAGAGAUAAUUUAAAAGAAAUGCAGCAAAAGAUAGACAGAAAGCGGGGCGAAAUCAACGCACAGUGUGACAUGCUCUUAGCUGAAAUUGAAAAUAAGAGAAAUUUCUUCCUGGCGGAUCUAGAGUACGAGGAACGCAUUCGUCAAAAUGAGCAAGAAGAACUGAUAAAAGUAAUGGAGCGGAUCUUAGGAUCUUCACAGGCGUUGUAUAGUUACACAUCGGAGGUGCUAAACGAGGAUGUCAGUGAGUUUCUAGAGGUGGCAAAUACAUUAAGUGAAAAACUGGUGAAGGCCACAAUUGACUGUGAAACCGCACAAUUUCAACCUUCAGACUGUGACGUCUUGCCGGGAAAACUUGUAGAUUUCAGAAAGGAAAGAAAUAUCAUAAGAGACAUGAAUUACUUACUUGCUCCUGUUACACCAAGCGUUGACGUCACGCGGUGCUCCAGAAGCGAGGACACAGUCGUACUAGUGCUCUCCCCUCCCAGACACUCACAUGACGUCAUAGACGAAUACCAAAUUCAUUAUUGCUCGGAGGAACAAAAGAGUCUUGAAAUCGAGGAUACAUUGAUUGUCAAAAAUGUCCCAGAGGACAGACUUGCUGCGAAAAAUGUUCCAAACUGUUCAGGAGUGGUUGUGGUAUUAGUUGAAAAUCUUUGCAAAGCAACAACCUACUAUUUUUGUGUAAGUGCUAGCAACCAGGCAGGAAGAAGUGCUAACUCGGAGGUUGUUCAGUGUACCACAUUACUGCCAGGAGAAAGUGUCAUUCCAGCUCCUGUGAUUGUUGAAAGCCUUUGUCGGCAGUUCGCCACGUCUGUACAGAUUUACAGUUCUAGCCCCCAGGACAUCGCCGCUGAGCAGCACAUCUCUCACUUCCUGUUGUAUCGCCCUCGGGGUCAGAGCAGAGCUUGGCGAACACUCUCCUUGUAUGGAAGGCAAGACCACAGGGUAUUCGGUUUACAGGCCAGCACGGAGUAUGAAUUUCUGAUUCUAGGGUGUAAUCAAAGGGGCGAAUGUCAAGUGUCUAAUAGAGUCAUUGUCCAAACAGAACAGUCUUAACGACAGUCAAAGUUUCUGUGUAUUUUUAAUCUUUCAAUAUAAUUGAAAAAAUUCUAUGCAAAGAAUUCAAUAAAAGGACAACUUCAAUUUCACGAUUUGAAAAUAUGUUUACAUCAGUAUUUUUAUAUAUUGCAAAUACUGUGAUAUUAUUGCAAAGUUUAUCUUAUUUGGUAUUUCAAGUAUAAACAAAAUCGUAAUAGUUUUUUCAUUCAAAGAUAUGAUUAAAGAUGAUAGAGGUUUUGAAAAAAAUAUAGCACUGGAGUACCAGGAGUAUCAAGUAAAAAAAUUGUAUCAUAAAAUGUCUGUGGAAUAUCCAUUUUUCAAAAGGAUUCAGUGCAAGGACAUAAUAUACUGUUUUGUUUUAUUAGAAUUAUUUAACUUUAUCGUAAAUGCUAGUCAGAUUUUGAUAUUGUUUGGCUGUGUUUGAAAAUGUGAUACAUGUAUGUAAGCUAGGUACAAGAUAUUUUUAAUCGAUACCAUGAGAUUUGUUUUAUUAUUUUUAAUUUAGGGAAUAUAUACGUGUGAUUAUAAGUAAAUUUAUUAAUUUUAUUGAAAAAAAUAUGCAUAAGAUUGUUAAAUGGAUGCAGUGGACCAAUUUGUUGAAUGUUUGUUAAAGAAAUCUUAGUUACUGUAUGGUGCUUUACAUGUAUUAAUUAAAUUUGUUCACUUCAGUAUUUGUGCACGCGCACUGCACGCACUGGUAGAGAUACAAACGUGUACUCCGCGUACGUGUUGUUGGGAAAACACUUUAGUUAAUAAAUUGUUACCACAAUAUCAGUUUUUCAC